AUGCAAGGUAUACGACAAAAUGUUUUUAUUGAAUGGUUUUCAAAUGAUUCGAAAAAAUAUAUACGAUCACUAUCUAUUCAUCGAAAUCCACCACCAGUCGAACGAUUCAAUGAUAAUAAUCGACCACCUUUGAGACAUCCAGUUUUGGAUAAUGAUUCAUAUAUAUUAAUAGCUUUGGUUAUUCUUAUGCCAAUUAUUUUGACUCUUAUAGUAUGUAUAAUCAUAUGUUGUAUUUAUCGAUAUAAUAAGAGACAAUCUCAACGAAAUAUAACAAAUUUAUCAAUAAAACCUACUGAUUAUAAUCAAGCACCUGCAUCGACAAUUUAUUUUAAUCCUUAUCAUAAACCAUUUAUUGUUGAAGAAUCACCACCAUCCUAUGAUUUAAUAUCAAAAACAAAAAAUAAUUCAUCAUUUGAAAAAGAAAAUAAUAAUAAUAAUAAUAAUACUAACGAAUAA